CCACUUUUACACUUUGAAUAAGGACAUGAACGAAUUUAUAGAAAUCUCAUGCGCAACGUACUUUCCCAUGCUGGCUAGUAUUUCAAAUCACCGUAUCAAGUGAGUAGACAAAGACCGGUAAAGACAUUCAAACAUCUGUCAGAUGGAGGCGUUUUCCAUUAAUGCUUGUCCUGAAUAGUAUUAUGUCUAUGCAUAUUCUUGAUCGGCCCAACGGUCAACGCGUCAUCUGCGCGGGUGGGCAAAAUGGAGAGUUAUUUUUAGGCCUUUACAAUAAGGAAGGAAAAGAAUUAAAAUCACAUGCUUUACAGAUAUUCAGCCCUAUCACGUCUGUACUUUUAUUUCAACCAAGAGCAUCACUGACAGUUCGUGAAGACGAUGAGCUUCAUUUAGUAGUAACAUGUGCAAUUGAGCAAGCUAUUGUCUACAGAAAUGUUGAAAAGAACGGUUUAUCAUUCAACAAAACGCUACCGUUGUCAGGCAAUUACGAUAGUGUAUUAUGCUCGCAUGCUAUGGAUGUCGACUGGGAUGGAGAAAAAGAAAUACUGAUAGGAACCUAUGGUAGACAGGUGUUAAUCUAUAAACAAAUUCCAGGAACUUACUCAUAUACAGUUUUGUGGAAAAGACAAUUCGCUUAUCCAAUAUAUCGUAUGACACAUCUCGAUCUGAACAGAGAUGGUCUAGACGAGCUGAUUGUAACUACUAUGUUUGGUGUUCAUAUAUUCCAGCCCAAUAUGAAAAAAGCAAGAGAUAGGUUAUUAGAAGUAUUACAAUAUGUCGAAGCACAAAAACGUCAAAAAUAUGAAUUGUUAAUAGAAUGGCAACGACAGAAAGAAUUAGAGAAGGAUAUCAUUUUCGAGAAAUAAGCACAUGCUCUUAAGGUGUCGAUUUCAAGCAAUCACGCCAGCAAUACAUCAAAAUCUAUAAUUUACUGUUAAAAAUGUUGGAAAUUGAAUGCU